UCAAACUAAACCACAGGUUUUCCUCUUCUGUUUAGUUGACAUGGCUGAGCAAAGCAAAAUUUUAAUAAUUGGAGGAACCGGGUAUAUUGGCAAAUUUAUAGUAGAGGCAAGCACCAAAGUGGGGCACCCCACCUUUCUAUUGGUCAGGGAGAGAACAGUUUCAGAUCCCGGAAAGGCAAAGCUGAUAGAGAGUUUCAAGGGUUCUGGAGUAGCAGUACUUUAUGUAUGUUCUUAGACUUGGAAUAAUUUUCAUCAGUUUAAUAGAGUUGAACUCUGGAAUUUUUGUUUUUUUGAGUUUUUAUGUGCCAAUUUUGUUGCUUUUACUGAUAUCUAUGAUCAUGAGAGCUUGUUGAGGGCGAUCAAGCAAGUUGAUAUUGUGAUCUCCGCAGUAGGCACACAACAGCUAGCGGAUCAAGUCAGGAUAAUUGAAGUCAUCAAAGAAGCUGGAAAUGUCAAGAGAUACCUUCCAUCAGAGUUUGGCAUGGAUGCAGACCGUGUCCAUGCAGUGGAGCCAGCUGCAAGCAUAUUCAGGAUUAAGGCUAAAAUCCGAAGAGCAAUCGAGGCUGAAGGGAUUCCAUACACAUAUAUCUCAUCCAAUGCCUUUGCAGGGCAUUUCUUGCCAAAUUUAAUGCAGGAAAAUGCCACUGCUCCACCGAGAGACAAGGUAGUCAUACUAGGAGAUGGCAACCCCAAAGCUGUUUUUGUCCAGGAAGAUGACAUAGCAAUGUACACUAUUAAAGCAGCUGAAGAUCCAAGAACCUUGAACAAGAUCCUUUACAUAAGACCGCCUUCCAAUGUUUUGUCUUCCAAUGCAAUAGUCUCCCUAUGGGAGAGGAAAAUUGGCAAGACCCUUGUAAAGAGUUAUGUUCCCGAGGACCAACUUCUUCAGAUCAUUCAAGAGGCGCCUAUUCCCUGGAAUUUCAUUUUGUCAUUCGGCCACCCUAUGUUGGUGAAGGGAGAGGCUUCAAAUUUUAAGAUAGAAGCUUGUUUUGGUUUAGAGGCAUCUGAGCUUUAUCCUGAAGUGAAGUAUACUACUGUUGACGCAUACCUGCAUCAGUUUGUCUAAAAUCUUAGCCCAAAAUAUGGCGAAUGUAUGCUUGAGAAGAAAUGCAGUACAUGCCUAAGAUAAUGUACUUGAACAGGCUGCAAAGAAUAACUCUGACAAUCAGGCUGAUACAAUCUAAUCCGCCUUAAGUUUCAUUCAUGGAAUUUCUCUAGAUUGAGCCAAAUGUGAUAUUGUUUCCGAUGAUAACAAAUCAAUUCAGCAGUCAGUAACA